UGAGUAAUCAUACACGAGAUUUCCUCAAUAUCAGGGGAAUUUUCAGGUGAUAAUUUCACAGAAAUUUCUCACGAAAGAAACAACUUUUUUUUUCUUAAAGAUAAUUUCUCUCCUCUCUCUCUCCCUCUGUCGAUAAUUUUCUGGAGAAAAAUUCGUCUGCUGAUCUGUUGAGACUUGAGGUUGAGAGAGAGAGAGAUUGGAAACAAGCAAUCGUGAUGGAUCAGAUUUUCAGCAAGGUGGGAUCGUAUUGGAUUGGCCAAAAAGCCAGCAAGGAGCUCAAUUCAGUUGGUAGUGACAUCAACUCAGUGGGAAGCAGCAUUGAAGGAGGAACGAAAUGGUUGGUUAAUAAAAUUAAAGGAAAAAUGCAAAAGCCAUUGCCUGACCUGCUAAAGGAGUAUGAUUUGCCAGUUGGAAUAUUCCCCCGUGAUGCCACCAAUUACGAGUUCAAUGAAGAGACACAAAAGCUUACUGUAUUUAUUCCGGCAAUUUGUGAAGUUGGCUACAAGGACUCAUCUGUCUUGCGUUUUAAUACAACUGUCACUGGAUAUCUAGAGAAAGGAAAGUUGGCAGACAUAGAGGGGAUCAAGACAAAGUUUGUUAUUUGGAUAAAAGUCACUUCCAUCACAUCUGACGGAUCAAAGCUCCAUUUUAUGGUCGGGAUGAAGAAAACCAGGGAUAGGCAGGCUUAUGAGGUUCAUAGAGAUGGUGUGAGUGUGGAUAAGUUCUAAUAUCUUUUUAAUGCUUUUAUUGACUUUGUUAUGAGCUUGUGGUACCAGAAACCAAGUUUUAUCAAAUCUCAACUGUCGCAAGUGCAUUUUUUAUUA